AUGGCUGGUGCUGCAGAUGCCCGGGCCAAAGAGUCCGGGUCUCUCGGGAGACAGGACCAGACCUUGCUCAUCUUUGCCCGGCUAAUGGAAGGCGGCAAAGAGGAUGAAGAGAUGGUGGCAGACUUGGGCAAUCUGACAAGCCUACUCAACGAGGAUGUUGAGGUUGCUAAGACGGGUGAGCCGACCAUUACCUCGGUCAUCGACAGCGACUGCGUCGACACAGUUCUCUGCUACCUCGAUAUGAGACAAUCCGACAUUGUGCGUGGCCAUGCCGCACUCUGCACCUCUGCUUACCUCAAGGCUGCUGGUGAGGAUGGCAACAGGAAGCUAGCCGAUUUCUUUCACAACAGGGUUGAGAGAGGCACCUACGACGACUACAUCGUUGCCUUCUGCGUGGCUGCCGCCAUAUUCCCCAUUGCUCCCGAUCUGAUAUCUGAAUUAUUUCUUGAAGAGGGCUUCCUGCCUAGCCUGGGCCCGCUCAUGAGGCGCAAAUGGAAGAGCCGGAAGGUUGAGACGGCAUGUCUGGAAAUGCUCAACGCAGCCUGCACGCAUUCACAUUGCCGGGAAGCCGUCCUGAAGUACUGCGCCGACUGGCUGGAGGAGGUCAUUGACCAGGACCCGGACGAUGCUAUCGAGUCUUCGCACGUAACCGAACCUGACCUCAGCGCUAAGGAAGGGUCUAUAUCCAUGAGGCGACAUUCCCAACAGGUGCAGAACCUCGCUGCCGUGGUCUUGGCCAAGCUAAGGGCAGUCCAACCUACAGCGAAUCCGCCCGGUAAGGGACCAGAGCCCAGGAUAGAAUCUGCGACAACCAGCAUCGAGGAUCUAUCCAAGCGGUUUACCAAGAUGCUCCUGGAGGGCCCGGAACAUGCUCAACCUUCGGUGGAGGGAUUAGCAUAUGCGUCCUUGCAAUCCAAGGUCAGGGAGGAUCUGGCACACGACAAAGAAUCCCUCAAGCGCCUCGUUAAGACGUUGGAAUCCGCGCCUCCCAGGUCCCCACUGACAUAUGGCGCUCUCAGCAUUUUCGCCAAUCUUACUAGAUACCAACCUAUUGAGUCGGAAGAAGAGAAGAGGAUCAAGCAACUCAAGGCAUACGCGAACGCCGCUGGGAAAGUAAAACCCGACCCCUUGAACGACCAUGCCCAUGUUACUGAGCGUUGUAAGCGCGUCUUUGAAUCGGGCAUCACUCCGGUUCUCGUCGCGCACAGCAAGAACGGCUCAGUGGCAUCCCUGUCGCUCAUCACAUCCAUUAUCUAUUCCUUCUCAAUGACUCUAGCACUUCGUGGGCAACUUGCACAGCAAGGCGCCGUUACGCUACUUAUUGGAGCCUGGGUGGCGCUUCCAAAGGACGACGACAAAUCCCGCCGCACAGCUGCCCAAGCACUAGCCCGCAUUCUCAUCUCCACCAACCCGGCUCUCGUCUUUGGAGGAAAUCGCCAAGUGCCACAGAGCGCCGCAAUUCGCCCCCUGGCCUCCAUUCUCGCUCCAGACCCUGCUGCGGAUACCCGCGAUCUACUCCCAACGUUCGAGGCUCUUCUAGCAUUGACAAACCUUGCCUCGACCGACGACGAUACCCGCCGAAGCAUAGUGCGCACGGCCUGGGACGACAUCGAGGAGCAACUCUUUAGCACAAACACUCGCAUCUCCACCGCUGCCGUCGAGCUUAUCUGCAACCUUGUACAAAACCCGGAGGAGGCCCUUCGCUUGUUUGGCGACGGCACGUCCAAAGCGCAGACGCGGAUCAAGGUCGUGCUGGCGCUGGCCGACGCCGAGGAUGUCAAGACGCGCAGCGCCGCGGGCGGCGCCUUGGCUAGUUUGACAGCCUUGGAAGUCGUGGCGCGAGCCAUCCUGGCGCACCCCCGCAGUGCUGUCAUCAUCCUCGACCUGUGCCGCGAUGACGACGAAGGGCUGCGGCACAGAGGCGCCGUCAUCGUGCAGAAUCUUCUCUCGGCCGAGGGCCAAACCGGCCAGUCGGCCAAGAGCAAGUUGCUGGAGGCCGGCGCUGUGGAGGCGCUGACUGAUUGCGCGAAGAAGAGCAGGACAUCAGAGGUCGUGCAGGCCGUGGUACACGCUUUGGAGCUGCUGCUUGCGCGAAAUUGA